AUGGAGCUGACGGGAAGGGCUGCCCAUCCACUUUCGCUUGGGCUGCCGCCGGUCCAUUUGCAAUUCUUGGAGGAGCAAUCGCGGCCAAGCAAGCACAAAGGGGUAGGGAUAAGGAGCUUGCUUGGAUAUGGUGGAGGAAAGCGUCUUAAUAAUCGAACUAUUCUUCCUUUCUUCAAGAAUAGUGUCAUCCCAGCAACUUGCUGUGCGGCGAAGGCAACUACAUCUACAGGUGCUGCUGCUGGCGAUAUGUUGGAAGUGGAAUUGAGAGAGAUUAAGGACAAGUGCAAAAAGUGGAAUUGGAAGGGUAGAUACGCCAUCAAUUACUUUGUUUCUCACUCUUCUUCUGAUCCACACUCGUCAAAUCCAAAUCGUCCCCCUAUACUUCUUGUUCAUGGUUUCGGUGCCUCCAUUCCCCAUUGGCGCAGAAAUAUUAGGACGUUGGGCCAGAUUUAUACCGUUUAUGCUAUUGACCUCAUUGGGUUUGGUGGCUCAGAGAAGCCAGUAGGCUUUUCAUAUACCAUGGAAAAGUGGGCUGAGUUAAUCUUGGAUUUUUUGGAUGAAAUUGUUCGAGAGCCGACUGUGUUGAUAGGGAACUCUGUUGGGAGCCUUGCUUGUGUCAUUGCUGCUGCCUCAGCCUCAGCCUCAGGUGCUGAGGCAGAAUCUAAUAAUAAAGCACUCGUUCGAGGGUUGGUGCUUUUAAAUUGUGCGGGUGGUAUGAACAAUAAAGCAAUUACUGAUGACUGGAGGAUCAAGCUUUUCUUACCUUUGCUUUGGUUGAUUGAUUUUCUGUUGAAGCAACGAGGAAUUGCUUCCGCCAUUUUUGAGCGUGUCAAACAGAGAGAUAAUAUAAGGAAUAUCUUAUUGUCUGUCUACGGGAAUAAGGAAUCUGUUGAUGAAGAAUUAGUAGAGAUAAUCAUGGAACCCACCUGCGACCCCGGGGCGCUUGAUGCUUUUGUUUCUAUCGUGACUGGCCCCCCAGGACCAAGCCCGGUGCAGUUGAUGCCAACAAUAAUCUCCUCCUCCCUACCACUUCUAGUUUUAUGGGGGGAUGAAGACCCCUUCACUCCGCUUGAUGGACCUAUAGGCAAAUACUUCACCUCCCUACCGUCUCAACUACCCUACAUCACCCUCUUUGUUUUACAAGGGGUUGGGCAUUGUCCCCACGAUGACAGGCCUGACUUAGUACACCAGAAACUUCUCCCCUGGCUGGAUCACUUUUCUACUGCAACUCACACUUAA